AUGGCGGCUGAGGCGGCGGCGGCGGCGGCGAGCGAAGACUUCAGCAGUCUGCCGCUUGAUGCGCUGUUGACCCACAAGAACUGGAAGGCGCGUAGGGAGGGGUUCGAACGGGUGCGGGACCACCCGGACCAGCUCAAGUCUUACCUGCUGGAUAAAACAAGGAAGCUUGUGCGUGAAGGCAACACGGCGGCGCAGGAGGCGCUUUUUGAGGCCCUCGCUGCGUUGGUAGAUGUCUGCGACGACGACGAGUUGAACAUACUCGCGGGGGAACCCUUAAAAUUAGUGGUGGAAAAGGGCGUCACCGGGAGACCGCGGGCGGUGCAGGCGAGUUGCAAAUUUAUCUUUGAUUUGGUUGGGGCCGCCAAACAAACCGAGGUGUUUGAUGUGUUGCUACCUGCCUUUUCUCAUAAGACACCAAAGAACCGGUUGGCCGCCGCCCAGUUGUGUGCGCAGAUUGUAGCUGAGUACGGUGUAGCAGGAUUGCCUACGAAAUCCAUCCUGAAGGCCAUGCAGCCGCUCUUCAAUGACGCCAACGCCCAGGUUCGCAAGGAGGCCGCCUUGCUGUGUUGUCAGUGUUAUAAAUUUAUUGGUGCGGGUAUUAAAGGGUUUCUAACCGACCUUCGGGAGGUUCAACUGCAAGAACUGGAGGUACUGUUUGAGGAGGUGGUGCUGGGUGAGGCGCCACGAAGGAAUAUCCGUGGUGUUUUGCCUUCCACCCCAGUCAAGCCCGCUCUGCCCGUGACCCAACUGGUGAGUCACAACGGCACCUCAAACGACAUCUCCGAUGAGGCGUAUGAGUUAUACGAUGAAACACCUGUACUGUCGCGGCUUCCGCGGAAUUUCUACCGGGUUGCCCUGGACAAGACCGCGAAGUGGCAGGACCGCGUUGCAAUGGUGCAGGACAACCUCCUUCCCCUCAUCGCCGCAGCAAAGAUACGGCUGAAGGAUGACUAUCAUGAACUUGCGGGCAUGGUACGAGAACUCCUGCUAGAUCCUCAGGCGCCACUGAUGCUGCUAGGAUUUAAAUGCAUUCAGGAAUUAGCGCGGGUCUUGCGAAGCACGUUUGCUCCGCAUGCACGCUCCUUUUUAAACCCGUUAUUUGACAAGAUGAAGGACAAGAAAACGAGUGUCGUCGAGCACAUCACAACAACGCUGGAGACCCUUAUGCGGUACAGGUGUAUCACGUUAGAACAAUGCCAAGAUGAGAUUGAGCUCACCGCACAAAGUCGGGUUCCAAAUCAGAGGCUGGCGUUGAUACACUGGCUUAUUCGGCUUACAGAUAUACUAGACCGUGGUUCUUUUAACCGCCUGGGCCGAGCACAAGGCAUGCUUGGCCGUCUGAUGAACGACGAAAAGGUGGAGAUUCGAGAGGCGAGUUGUGUGUUGAUCUCAAAGUUAAUCACACUUCUGGGAGAAGUCAAUUUUCAGCCACUUCUUGCCUCCUUGGAUGAUAAGCAGCGCGGCAAACUCGCCACUGUCAUAAACAGUGCAGCCAAUCUACAGUGUACGCCGACGAUUUCCCCCGCGAAGAAAACGCAACGGCUGGAGCGGCGGGAAAGCGCCGCCUCCGUGGUCGUACGAAGUCUCUCUAUUGGUGAAAUGAAUACGGCUUCUCUUGCUGGUAAGUCGUCGAGAGGGCAACGUCACUCUUCUGUGAUGCCGCGUCCAUCCUCUCCUGAGGUUCGGAAGCAGCAUCCAGUAGAUGACUCGGUGGCAUUGGAGUCAACGCUCCCCUCUAAAGAGGAGGCGCUUAAGCGCAUGCUGGGUUUGAUGAAUGGAAACAUGGCAGUGUUGCCGCUGUUGCGCUCCAAAGAGUGGGGAAGUCGCCAAAAGGGUGUCAUGACUGUGCGGGCCAUGAUUGACGGGUGGACAGAAGAUGAAUGUACAAAGUAUUUGGACACUGUGCUUGUGUAUCUGCGUGUUGAUCCGGGGUGGAGCGAGUCCAUAUUUCAGGUAUUCCAUUCUAUGCUUGGUGUAAUUCAAGAGCUUGUGACGCGGGCAACGGCAGUGAGCGCCGCGGCAAGCUAUGCCAUCAUAGCAGGCUGUACCUGUCGGCUUACAGAACCCAAAAACAAGGCGGCUGUUCGUGAGUUAAUGACUCACAUCGCAAGACGUCAGGGUAUUUCAUUUGUGAUACGUCAUUUAAUAGAGGAAGUGACAUCCGUGAAAACACCGAGGCUCAUGCAAGAGUGUAAUGAAUACAUGAUACAGCUACUGCAGACAUUUUCGGCAUCCCAGGUGGACGCAAAGGGGGUGGUGGAUUAUGUGAGGUUACACUGCUUUGGGCAGCAAUUCCCCGCGGUACGAUCAUCUGGUGUCAUGCUGCUGGUCGCGCUUCGGAUGCACACUGGUGCUGUGGUAGAUAACUACAUAAGCACUCUCAGCCCUGGACUGCGUGGGGCGUACGAGGAAGCCAUCGCUCAGAGUAACGGAGCCAAGGUAAGCCGCCGUGGGGCUGGAGCUGGGGAGAUACAGCGGGCACCUUCCCCUGUUUCCCCCUCGCGCAUGCAGAAGGUAGAAAGCCGAAACUCGGCAAGAGGAGGAGCUGGGCAACACGGUACCGCCCCAACCGCAGCAGGCUCUCAUGUAGAAAACCGAGCUGUUGGGUCACUUCGAGGCGAUCAACAGACCGAAGUUCCCGCCGAAAAUAGCAAAGGCUCCAUGCGUGCGGAUGUUUCACAGCAGCUAAUUGUAUUGGUUAAACAAAUCACAACCGCAAGUGAUUGGCGAACACGUUUAGAUGGCGUCAAACGAGUAGAGGAGGUGAUGCAUGCUAACAAUAAAAGUAUUGCGCCCAAUAUGGUCACAGAGUUGCUAAGAGCUCUUCGCACGCGUUUUGAUGAAGUUAAUAAAAACUUUGUUAUUGAUGUACUUCGGACAAUUUCGUUGGUGGUGGAGUCAGCAGGCCCUGAGGCAUGUCGGCCAGGGUUUAAGAGUAUCUUACAGGGCGUCUUGGGGAUGUUGGGCGACCAAAAGAUGAAUUUGCGCGACGAGGCCACAAACGUGGCGUACGUUGCCCUGGAUUGCCUUGGCCUUGAUGCCGUGCUCCAGUGUAUGCUGAAGCCUCUCACAUCCGAAUCGCAUGCCUGUAACCAAACGGCGCUAGAAAUUAUUGAACGAGGCUUCCAGAGGGAGCCGGAUGCAGUGAUAUCUAGACAGGGAGUCAUUUCUCUUGUGCCUGCGGUCGUGCGCCUAUGCAUGAGUCGUAUUCUUGAGGUGCGUCUGGCCGCCGAACGUGUCAUUGGCAAAUUUAUCCCACUCGUUGGAGAUGAUGCGGUGCUGCGGGCCGUACAGAGUCUUCGCCCGGCAGAGCAACAGAGUGUCAUGGCACCUAUUGAGCGACAGGUGCAGCUUUUUCUCCGUGGCACAAAUGAGGAAGAAGGUCGUCGAACGUCAACUUUUGCCACACUGUUUUCAGCUCAGGGGCCUGCUUCGUGCACGCCACGUUCUCCGCGGUCGCCGCGAGCGGCAAGCAGGAAUAUGAGUGUCAGCCAUAGGAGCACGGAUCUCUCGCUGCCGUCGCAAGGAGGGCAGUUGUCCCUGCCAGCGUCCCAGCGGAACUCCCUAGGGAAAGAGGCUGCGCCGUCUGGCGUGCCACUGCAAGCCUCCUCGUCGGCGCCUGCCACCCAAAUUGCGCCUCCUCAGAUCCACAAUGAAGAGCUUCUCUCGAUUCAAGAGAUCAUGGUAGGACUACGCUCUGCCUCGGCGUCAACAGCCGCCAAUACAUGUGCCGAAUUCUUGAAAAGAAUUCAAAAUGAUGAGGUGUGUGGAACUCCCGAGAUGAUUCAAGUCAUGGUAGAACGUCUUUAUGAAAACAUUAAGUUAUUUGACGCAGCAUUGGCUCUUGGUCUCAUCCGAUGCCUAAAGGUCAUAUUUGAGCGACCCCGUUUCACCCAGUGGUGUCACAGUAGUCUUCUCUUUAGGAUGCUGGGUAUGAUUUUUGACUGCCUCUUGUCAGAGGCGUUCUCGUUGCACGAAGAAGUUAUCAAGGCGCUCAACAACAUGACACUCACCCUGUUAGAGGGAUGUCCCGGGAAUGAGGUGUUCAGUGCGUUAAUGUCACGUAUGGCGAGGUACUCUGAAAUAUACACAGCAAGUGGUAAGAAGACUGAUCUGAAGUACAUUCAGGUCACUGUGAAGUGCCUGAUGAGGCUCGAUAUCGACGGUGUCUCGCCAGAUAAUGUGGUUUUAUGCUGCCAUGAGUAUUUGCUGCAGCAUCCCCCCAGCGCCUUUCGUAACCUGGACGAUCUUUCCAUCCGAACCGUAAAGACAAUUUUGCAGGACCUCUCAAGGCGGUGCGGGCCACCGUUGCUUGCCGUCGCCAGUCGGCUGGUGGGAACACAAAACCUCGUGACGCAUUUCGUUCGGGCCUGCUUGGAGAACCAAGAGCGGUUGGCACGAGCAAGUAGCGAAGGCGAACAACACACUGCAGGGGGCGCCAACAGGCAAGCACAGAGCCAUGAGCCUCAACAGCAGCGAGUUGUCCCACCGUCGCAGCCCGGCCGCCUCCGACGCGGCCAAAACGUCCACGUGGACCCAACCACUGCAAUGCCACAACCCGAAACUCCGCCAGGCGCACAGGGAGCCCCUCUUCCUGCAGGUGAGGAAAAGUCCAUGUCCAGCAUCUUUGCUCGUAUCCGCAAUCAUCUGACGUCUAAUCAAGGCAUCGAGGAGUUGUAUGCGUUUUUGAAGCAGCGUCCGAAGAAUCCAGAGUUUGACCAGCAGUUUCACCGAUGCUCCGAGGCGUUCCGCUCCUACAUCAAGCGAAAGUUGGAGCGGCAGAUGCUGGAGGACACCAAAAAGACCCCAGGGUUUUUACUUCCCGAGGUUCUGCGUUCAACCCCGUAA